AUGGUUAAGAAGAGGAUGAAGACGAAGGCGAAAUCACACACAGUCUUGGAGAAGAAACUCGAAGAACUUGAGUGUUUGCUAGAAGAACCCGGUCUUGGCGAUGGCGAUCUUAAUGCAUACCAUGAAAUCGAACACCGGUUUAUUUUCACGAGGACUCUUUUAACGGCGGAGAUAAUGUCGGUUAAGGAGGACGAAGAGGAAGAGGCGUUGAAACUUGCAUGCAUCGCUAAGAGGUUAGCCGAACUUGAAGAGGCUUUUGACAAGCAAUUGAAAGGCCCAGUUAACGAAAGUUGUGGUGUUGUUGUGAAUGAUGAUGAAACCGGUUCGGUUUUUUCGUUGGUCGAAUCGUUACCGGAAGAAUUUCAAGAUGCGUCGUUGGAGGAUGCAGUGACCGGGAGAGAAACCGAUGAGAUCAAGAAUAACCGGUUUAAGGGUUUGGUUAGUUUUGGUAUAGUUUGUUUUAUUGCUGGUAUGGUUAGUUACUUUGGUUACUUUUGUGAUCAAAUGAAUUACGAGGGUCAUAUCUUCCUCACUCCUACUUAA